UUUUCACCCUGUUACAUGAGCAGUUCAGAAGAUCUUAGUAAUGAAAUCACAUUGUCAAAGCACACAAAAAUACGCCACCAAGGCAAAUUCACAGCUUCCAUCUUUUUUGUGCCCCAUUACUGUAAUUGCCACAGGGAAACCAGUUUUCAAGGAGGAGGCAUGAAUGGGACAGCCAUUGAAAAUUUUGUCUGUGUUAUUUUCAAUGUUUCCUUCAUGAACUGCACUUGGCAUGUGGGCAGGACUGCUUCAAGAGACACACAAUAUUUCCUUUACUGGAAGACUUCAGUGAACGAAGAUUUCACAGGAUGCCAGAAUUACAUCACAGAUAAUUAUGGAAGGAACAUAGGAUGUAGUUUCCAAAAUGUGACAAUAAAAGACAAGAUUGCUGAUUUCCUGGUAAACGGGUCAAGAAGUGGACGAAACAUUCUGUCAUAUAAGAAGAAGAUUUUUCUGUACAGAAUUGAAAAACUCACCCCUCCAUUAAAUGUCACUGUGAACUGUACAGAAGCUUCUCACGUUUGUGAAAUUAGGUGGCAACCACCUUGCACAAGCCACACGAAAAGACAUGCUUGUUUCAAAUAUGAAAUUGUCAUAGAAAACAAGGCUGAUCCCAAAAAAACCAUCAAAACCACAUCGAAAACAGCAAGAAACAUCACAGGAAACUCCUAUAUAUUUGGGAGCUUCAGCAAGGAAAAAAGGUACAGCGUCAAAAUCAGAGCAACUGACAACGGCUGCUUGGUGAGCCCAAGCUGGGGAGAGUGGAGUACACCCGUAGAGUUUGGAGAAGAACUCACAUCUACAUCAUAUAUGCUAUUUCUGAUUCCAGUACUGGCAGCAAGUCUCAUACUUUCUCUUUGCACAAUAAGAAUUUAUUUGAAAAAAACUUCACCUACAAUACCACAGCCAAAAUACCCAUUCCCUGAGCUCUCUCCAGCAGAUUUCCAGAGAGAAUAUAAGAAUCAAUAUAUAAAACAUGAAACUGGAGAAAUAAUAACAAUUAUUGAAGAAAUUAAGUGAAUUUCUUCAUGCAUGUGAAGUGAAGCAUGCAAGUGAAACAAAUAGCUUGAAUUUUUUCAAAUAUAUGUAUCUUGUGUGCAGUAAUUUACAGGUUUUUUCCCCCUCUCGCAAGCAGAGAAAAUAGCAUUGUCUGUAAAGACCAUGUCCCAAGAGCUUAUCUUUAAAAGCCUCUUUGUAUUUGAUUGCAUUUUCAAUAAAUAAUUUCUUUGGA